AGAGGCAUUGCUUUGAAAUAGUUCUCCAGUAUCGGUUAUCUUGAUCAGAUAUUGCACUCUGUAUCUCCACAGUGUGAACGUGGCCUCAAGAUACCAGAGCGGAAAGACGCUGGAACACUAUAUUGUUGUUUAGAACUACAGUUCAACCAAAGAAGUGAAAUUACAGCAGUUAUCUGCCGUGUACCGGAUAGAUUUGUAUGCGGUUGUGGUUGGUCACGUACUAACACCUCAGUCACCGUCAGCAAAUUUCUUCAUGGCACGAAAUGUUUCAGCAGUCGAAGAGAUAAUGAAACCAUUUGAGUUUCCAUCCCAGAGGUGAUCGAGUCGGCCAGCGGCUGGCCAAUCAGCGGCGAGCAGGCAUCCUGACGCGCUUGUGUUGAGUGGAGGGGGACGGCACGGCACGGGGAUCCUUUCUCGCGGGGGUCAGUUUCACGGUGGUUUCAGCGGCUCCUGCUCUCUGAUCGGCUCUGGACAGGACCUGCCAACUUUCACCGAGGGGCUCCCACCUGGGGGUUACCUUCUUGUUCAGCAGCAUAAUUCGCCCCUGUACAACUUUUCCCGAGAUCGCCAGGCCUUGCUGAAACAUUUGGCCGAUCGGCGCUGACGAGCUCCGCGGAUCGGAACCCGGAGAGGACGCGGAAAGUGGUGCGAGUGGAGCACAAACAAAAUCAGAACAACUCCAAAGCAACAGCAACACCAGCAGAAAUAAAACUAAUGAUCUGCCUGUGGAUACUGUCAGCCAGUAGCGAACGGUGAACCUCGACGAGGAGAGGAAAAUCGAGCGCCACUCAUGUUUUCAUCAAGUCAGGAAGAUCACAGCGCGCCCACCAAGGAUCCCGUGAAGUACGGAGAACUCAUCGUCCUGGGAUACAACGGUUCUCUUCCAAAUGGAGACAGGGGCCGCAGGAAAAGCAGAUUUGCACUUUUUAAACGAUCAAGAGCUAAUGGAGUCAAGCCCAGUACAGUGCAUGUUAUUUCCACUCCCCAGGCUUCUAAGGUAAUCAAUUGUAAAGGGCAACAUAGCAUCUCAUAUACAUUAUCCAGAAACCAAACCGUGGUGGUAGAAUAUACCCAUGACAAAGAUAUGGACAUGUUUCAGAUUGGAAGAUCUACAGAGAACCCCAUUGACUUUGUGGUGACAGACACUGUUUCUGGUUGUCAGAGUAAUGAUGAGACACAAAUCACUCAGAGCACCAUCUCCAGAUUUGCGUGUAGAAUAGUUUGUGAUAGAAGUGCACCAUUUACUGCUAGGAUUUAUGCUGCUGGAUUUGAUUCAUCGAAAAACAUAUUUCUUGGUGAGAAAGCUGCUAAAUGGAAAAAUCCUGAUGGCCAUAUGGAUGGGUUAACAACCAAUGGAGUAUUAGUAAUGCAUCCUAGGGGAGGAUUUACAGAAGAAUCUAGCCCUGGAAUAUGGCGGGAAAUUUCUGUUUGUGGGGAUGUCUAUACACUAAGGGAAACAAGAUCUGCACAGCAAAGAGGAAAAUUGGUGGAGACUGAAACCAAUGUUCUUCAAGAUGGCUCGCUUGUUGAUCUUUGUGGAGCAACACUUCUGUGGAGAACAGCUGAUGGCCUGUUCCAUACUCCUACCCAAAAACACAUUGAGGCUCUUCGACAGGAGAUAAAUGCCGCUAGACCUCAGUGCCCAGUUGGUCUUAAUACCUUAGCAUUUCCCAGCAUUAAUCGUAAGGACAUUGUGGAAGAGAAACAGCCUUGGGCUUAUCUCAGCUGUGGACAUGUCCAUGGUUACCACAACUGGGGACAUCGCAGUGAUACAGAAGCCAAUGAGCGGGAAUGUCCCAUGUGCAGAACUGUGGGUCCAUACGUACCCCUUUGGCUAGGUUGUGAAGCAGGAUUUUAUGUGGAUGCUGGUCCUCCGACACAUACAUUUAGCCCAUGUGGACAUGUGUGCUCUGAAAAAACAGCAAAAUAUUGGUCACAAAUUCCAUUGCCACACGGUACUCAUGCAUUCCAUGCAGCGUGUCCUUUCUGUGCUAUUCAACUGAAUGGAGAACAAGGCAUCAUUAAACUCAUUUUCCAGGGACCAAUUGACUGAUGAACAAUUGAAAGAGGACAAGCAGGACAUUUUGGAAAAUACUGUGAAAAAUAAUCCAUUGUGGCUGUAUCUCCACUAUUCCUGGUUAAUCUUUGAAAAGGUUUGGGGGAGGAGUGGGAGGGCAAUGAUCAAAUUGGUGGGGAAAUACAAGUUUCAGCAUUGCAGAUGGUGAUUAAUAAUUGUUUUUUGGGUGCAGGUUUUAGAGGUGCCAUUCAGAAAAGCCACAACUAAAGAGAAAAGUUAUCCUAUUAUUCUAACCUAUUUUGCUACAAUUUGACCUUUGUAUAGUUUUAUAAGUUAUAUGGUUUUAAUAUAUUGCAUUAUAUGCUUGAAUGGCCUGUCAAGAUAAAGCUGUAAAUCAUUUUAUGGCUAUUGUGUAACCUUAGCAGUAAAGUAUUAUUUCAAAAUGUUUUUCUUUUGGUAGGAAUGUUUAGUAAUGACCUUCUCAGUCACUGUAAUUUGGUUUAAAUUCUCAGGUGUAUAAGUAAAUAUUGAGAAGCUGAAUUCUGCACAGAGAUUAACAGCAAGGUGGAUUUGUGUUUUCUACCUACUAGAGUACUCUUUACAAGCUUUAAAAAUCCUUUAGAAAACUAUUGCUGAAAUUCUUUGCAAUAUUAUGCUAUGAAAUUACUCUCAUUUUUGAAUGAAGGGAUCAGCUGUGAAGUCUUACUCCAGUUUAAGGUACACAGGGAAAUAUUGUGACAAUUUAACUGAAACAAUUAAGAAUUUUUUUUACCAGUUACCUUUUAUGAUUUGUAGUAAUAUCUUUAAUGUGACAUCAAAUACUAUUUAUAGUACUAAUAAUUGCUGGUGUUCAAGUUACUUAAAUUGCCCAUGUUCUAUUUUAUAUCUAUUUUAAAUAUAGCAAACUGCAAAUACCUGCGUAAGUAUCUGUAUCGAUGACAGAAUUUUUAAUUAAAAGUACAAUUGAGCAGCAUGAUUAUGAACAGGAUCUUAGCUACGAGCAUGCCUUGAUGGCAGGUUAUAAUAUUCCAAAAUCUUUCCAACUUCUGUAAAGCAAAGGUUAUCCCGAAUUUAAAAUAGUACAACAGCUGAAUCACAAUUAAAUUAUUUAUUUAUAAUGCAAAUGUAGCAUUUUAAGCCACUCAUUGAAAUGUUUGCUAAUAUUUCUCCAGGGUUAUUUUGCUAUUCUUGUGGGGAAAACACAUAGUCUAGUAUGUAUGAAAAUUGAGAUGUAACUUGGUAAAUAUUACAUUUACCAUAGUAAAUAGCCAAGGUCAUUGAUUCAGGAUUCAAAUACAGGCAUUUUUUUCUUCUUUGACUGUUUACUUUGAUGUGUUUUUGAUAGAUCUAUACAAGAUACUAUUAUCUUCAAAAUAUGCUUUUGAAGCAAAACUAAACAAAAAUCUCUCAUGACAGAUUGGAAACCUAUCUUGAUUUACAGUACUGUGCAAAAGUCUUAGGCACCCUAGAUUUUUUAUGUGGCUUCAGCGAAAGUCUGUAGAAGAACUGCAGCAAGUUUUCCAAAUGCUUGGAACAUCCUACCAGCCUCUUUUCUUAUAAAAUUGCAGGACAGUGUACCUAAGAGAACUGAUGCAGUUUUGAGGCAAAGGAUGGUCACACCAAAUAUUGAUUUGAUUUAGUUUUUUACUUUUUACUGUUCUUUAUAGUCAUUGUUUUGGUAUUUAGAAACUUUUCAUUUUUUUUUUACAUGUGCCUAAGAUGUUGCACGGUACUGUAUAAAACUUUGUUUUGGUCUGUAUUAUGCUUGCGAUACUUCCUAGCGGUUAAGAAACAAAUUUGCAUAUCUGGCCAUUAUGGAUUUCUUGUUGAUACAAACUGAUAUAAUUUUUUAGUUUGCUUAUUAUGUACAGAAUAAUUUGGAGACUUGAGUAUUAACAUGUCCUUCUAAAUGUGGCAUUAUUAUUGCCAUUUUCCUUAUCUUAGUUUGGACUAAAGGUCAAGUAACAAGAUUUUACCCUUUUAAGAACUUGUGCUUUAAUCUUCAACUAUCAUUGGUACUUUCCACUAAUGGUGGAAAAUAUGUUCAUGGAAAUUCAGUAAAGAUUAAUAUAUUUACUCUCCAUUUUUUAACAUUACUGAUUGUAUGUAAUUUAACUGUUACAACAUGUUAAAUAGAAGUACAUAAGGGAUUAUUGGGCUUGACCUUUAUUUAAUUACACUAAGCAUAUAGAAAGAUUAACCCCUGAAUGUCUAGGUAUUAUAGUGAAAUAUUGAGCACUCAGCAAUACCAUUAUAAAUCUUGCAGAGGAAGUAUUACAAAAUAAUCGAUUCUUGCAAAAUUGUUGAAAAAGUUCAUGUAGAAAUUGUCAGUAUUCAACAUAAAUGUUAAUCUUGUCACAUGAACUGCAACAAAUCCUACUUGUAAGAACAAUACAAAUUUUAAAAUUGCAAUUGUCAGUGAAAGGAUCACCUUUUGAUUAUUUUUAUCAAUUGUCACAUCAAUGUUAAUUUAUGAAGAGCUUUCUGAUUAAAAUUUCAGGAUAUUGCUUCUUAAAGUAUCCACUAUUGAAAAUUCCCUAGUUAAAAUAUAAAUAAGUAAAGCUUGGUUUGGUAAAAUUCUUGCUGGUGCCUCAGUUGCUAACUGAUUUAUUGUGAUGUAUCACAUGCUAAUAAAGGCAUUU